AGAAGAAGGACUCGGACAACGGAGGUGUAUCACAGAGGCAGUGGACUGCAUCUCCUCAUGCGCAGAGCGCCAACAAGCAACGGGAGGAGCGCAGACGUGCAAAGAUGGCGGAGCUAGCGCAUCCCGACAGUCGGCAGACACAAGUGCUGCCACCUACAGGGCUGGAUGUCUCGACUGGACGAAAACGGCAAGUGGCAGAAACGCUGGUUUGUUCUGAGUGACGCGUGGCUGAAGUAUUACAGAGACUCCGAGGCUGAGGAGUCAGAGGAAGUGGAAGGAGAGAUGGACCUGUCCUCGUGUGUCACCGUGUCAGACUGUGACGUGGACAACAACUACGGCCUCCAGAUUCAAACAAAGCGUGCAGUGUUCACUCUCUCUGCAGUGACCUCUAGAUCGCGGCAGAACUGGGUGACGUUACUGAAGCAGGCCGUGCACAACAACACCCGCCAAUCAGACAGCGGCGGCCAGAAAGGAGACCCCCUCUCCUGUGGACCGUCGCCAUGUCAACCAGCCGCUCGCUUCACCUGCCCCGACUUUCAGCCUCCGGAUCCCGACACGGCAGCGACCUGCCCCCCGGAACCGCCUGCGGACCCUGGCCGGGGAGAAGAGGAUUGGGACUGCGACUGGGCCAAGCGACUGGAGGAGAGGAACAGGUGGUUUGAGGACCACGGCGUCCCUCUCGGGGGGGCGGGCAGCCGCUGGGACUGCAUGCAGCUGAAGAGGGGGAGUGUACCUGUGCCGGUCAUCCACACCAUGGACUCCCAGGUCAGCAGGAAGUGGACGGAAUUGGAGAGGCUGUCGUUCAGGGGCAUGACCGCCCAGUCGCUCAUCGGCGCCCAGGCGUAUCGAACUACCACGCCCCAAUCCGGGGGGCCUCUGGUCCCGUCCCAGACAUGCCGACCAGGCUCUGAUACGCAGGAAGAGUUAGUCGGUGGUUUGCCCACAGACUCUCCCAGCUCUGAGGAGGCUUCCCCACCUGGGAGUGGGUCACACCUGGUUCAGAACACAGCUGAAGGCCUACAAAAGGAGGCUCUGUCCCUUCCAAAGCAUGAGGUGGAAAAUAUGAAGAAAGAGCGUGCGUCCAGGGUGGACAGCCCGUGUGGACCCGGGGCCCCCUGCAGGGCCACGCUUGAAGCAAUGCAAGCAGCCCACCAGCAAGAAGUGCAGGAUCUGCAGGAGAAGCAGGAGAGGGAGAUGAAGGAAGUGAAGGCAGGAAGAGAGAGGAUGCUGCAAGAGGAGCGGCGAGCUGCAGCUGAAGCAAUGGAGGCUCUGCGAGCGGCCCACAGAGAGGAGCUGCAGGCCAGGAGGUCGAUGGCUGGAGACAUGGAGAUGUCCUCCACAGGAGACAUGUUCCCGGGCGAGGUGGAUGGGCUGCCUGAAGGAGCCGUGAAGAGCAGCCCUGGUAGACGAGCAGAGCUUGGAUGCAAAGUGCGAGAGAUGGAGCAGCUCAGGAGAGAGAACCAGGAGCUUAAAGACAAGCUGGCCGCAGAGAUGAGCCGCAUGCGUGGUUUCAUCACAGGCCAGAGGCCGGAAAUGGCGUCCCCUAGCAACGACGCGUCACAAGUUGAGACGUUGCUCCGAGCCAAGGAGAAGGAGGUCCGGUCUCUGAAGAACGAGGUCAGCCGCUUACAGGACGAGGUGCAGCGUUGGUCUCCCGCCAAGGAGGAAGAUGCUUACAAUACGUCCAAGCAGGCUGGAGAGGGUUUCUCUCCGUGAGCUCCUGAGACUGACCAGCGCAGGAACCAGGAUGGAAGUAGGACAAAUAACACAAAUCCUUUUUGAACUCACUUUAUUGAGUUAAAACCAUGC